GUACCUAUUUGACAUUGAAUUUAUAACUUCCUGCCUGCCUACGUGUUCCCUUUCACUAAUCUCUUCUUACUCUUUGCACUAGACUUUGCUCUGUGAGCCAACAUUGCCAACUAACUAUGGUUUCCACCACAGUUUCAACUGCCAAUAAUUUCAAGGAUUCAAAAAUGCUACGAGCGGGUUAUAAAGUGUGUGGACCCAAGAGUCUUUUUUUGAAACCUUAUGCAAGUUCUUUUGAACUGUCUGCUCAUUAUGUAUCUGCAAAUACUGCUGCUAAUGUUCAAAAUCUUCCGCGGCUGCCAGUCCCAAAGCUAAGCGAUACUCUCGACAAAUAUUUGAAAACCGUGAGGCCACACUUGAACGAUACGGAAUUUUCACAAACGACGAAAUUAGUAAAAAGCUUUGAAUCUGGGGAAGGUAAAAAAUUACAAAGUCUAUUGGAAAGUCGAGCUGAGAAACAUCUAAAUUGGCUAGAAGAAUGGUGGUUAAAUACAGCGUAUCUCGAAUAUCGCGACCCAGUCGUUGUUUAUUCCAGCCCUGGCUUAGUAUUCCCGUUCCGUAAAUUUAACAAUCAAAACGACCAACUCCAAUAUGCAGCGAAGACUUUGCUCGCUGUACUGGAAUAUAAAGCUCUAAUUGACGGGAACAAAAUACCCGUAGAAAUGAUGGGAAAGAAUCCACUGGAUAUGUCACAAUACAGAAAAAUAUUCGGCACAUGCAGGAUACCUGGAGAAAAACGAGAUAAACUAUCAUACAACGAUAGCAAAUAUGUCACCGUCAUCCACAAUAAUCACAUAUUUCAUCUAGAUUUAUGGGGCGAAGAUGGCGUGAGAUUAAAUGAAGAUCAAAUCAAAGAUCAACUUAAAAAAGUAAUGAAAUUAUCCGAAACAGCAACAGAUAAGGGUAUUGGAAUACUUACAUCUGAAAAUCGUGAUACUUGGGCUAAAGCUUAUAAUAUUUUAAUUAAAGAUAAUUUGAAUAGGGAGUCGUUAGCCGAUAUAGAAAAAAGUUUAGCCGUACUCUGCUUGGACGCACCAGUAGACUUAUGGAAGUGUCCGGACAAGAAUGCUCGUCAGAAUUUAGCCGCUGCCCAAACAAUUCAUGGCGGUGGUUCAAACAGCAACGGUUGCAAUCGCUGGUUCGACAAAACAGUACAGUUCAUUGUUGGCGCUGACGGAAUAACGGGUUUGACUUACGAACAUUCUCCAGCGGAAGGACAACCAAUAGCUGUUCUAACCGAUUAUAUUAUUCAAUACAUAGAACAAGAUAAAAAGUCGCCGACGCAGUCCGCUAGGCCUAAGGAACCAGUUUUAUUGAAAUUUGCGAUGAAUAAUGAAGUUUCUGAAAUGAUAAAUAAUGCCAAAACGAACUUGAACAGACUCGCAGACAACUUGGAACUCAAUUGUUUUACUUACGAUAAAUAUGGCAAGAAUUUUAUAAAAACUCAGAAGAUGAGUCCCGACAGCUAUUUGCAGAUGGCGAUGCAAUAUGCUUUUUACAGGCUUCAUCAAACCCCUGGCGCUCAUUACGAGUCGGCUGCUACUAGAAUGUACGUUGGAGGCCGCACAGAGACUAUUCGAUCGUGCUCUAUAGAGUCUAUUGAAUUUGCAAAAACAAUGCUAAAUGCUCAAAGUAGUCCAAAAGAAAAAAUACAAGCUAUGAAGAAUGCCAUAAAUGCUCACAAGAACUAUACAGUACAGGCACUUCAAGGAUAUGGUGUUGACAGACAUCUGCUUGGAUUGAAACUUACUGCUUUGGAAAAUGGAAUAGAAGUUCCCAAAUUGUACUCGGAUGCAGGGUAUAUCAAAAGUGCACACAUGAGAAUUUCCACAAGCCAGGUCGCCUGUAAAUGCGAUGGAUUUAUGUGUUACGGACCAUUAGUAGCUAAUGGAUAUGCUACGUGCUACAAUCCUCGCGAUAAUGAUGUCAACUUUGCAACAUCUUCAUUUGCGUCGAAUACCGAAACAGACUGCAGUAAAUACCGAACGGCUUUGGAGCAGUCCCUCCAAGACAUGCACGAUGUUUUGCUACAAAAUACACAGUCUAAACUGUAAAGCUUUUUAAUCAGCAAGUUUUGUCAUAAUGAAAUGCAUUUUACCUUGUCAUUUCUACAUAACUACUUUGAUACGUUUUAGUUUAAGAAAUUGGGUAUUGGUGGAGAAAUUAUGCAUAUUAUGUAACUUAAAUAUGUAUAAUUUAUGUAACUUAAAUAUUUAUAAU